GUGGGGAAGGGACACUCGGCAUAUACAGUAGAUUGCGCAAUAAAAGACUGCCUGUGGAUGAGGGUGGAGUUCUUCUGGAGCCCUGAGCCACCUCCCUCCGCUCUCCUCCAUCGCCACAUAUUUAUUAUCCUUACACUAAAACAAGCCAGAAGCCCCCUCCUCCCGAGACCUCCGUCCCGGUCAGACCAGAACUUCCAGCUUCCCCCUCCUCUGGGAGAGAGACAGAAGACCCCCUCUCCGCCGCAGCCCACUCACAUUCCUGCGCAGGGUCUGCCGGGCAGCUGCACGUGAAACAUACAGGUUGAAUGAUAUGGAUAUUCUUUACAUGUCAUGCUGCUUGUCACUGAAAUGAAGUCCAGUACUGACCCACAAGUGUUCCAGAUUUUCACCAAUAAUGAUUACCCUCCCAAGUGUGUUUUUGCUUCUCCUCAUUUUAUCGGGCAGCCUGGCAACUCCAUUCAAAUGCCCUGAGCCUGUGCGUGGCUCUUCUUUUGACCCUGAUAUUCAGUACUUGCUUCCCAGUUUCACUGCUUCCAGUACAAUCCAAAACUUGGCCACACAGGACAAUGAGGAACCACUGAUCUUCCUGACCACAACAAACCACCUGUAUGUUCUCAAUGGGACCGACCUUCAAGUUCUACAGACCAUCGUUACCGGCCCCACAAAUAGUUCUCAGUGUGCCAUGUGCUCACAGUGCCAGAUGGGCAGUGCACUCCCUGAUCAGCCCGAGGAUACUGAAAGCAAAAUCUUAGUGGUAGACCCAGAAGUAGACUUGCUUUAUAGCUGUGGGACCUCUUUCCAUGGAGCUUGCUUUUUACAUAGGAUCACAGAUGCAAAGAUCUCGGAAUCCGAGUGUCUCUUCAGGACAAAAGACAACUCUCCAUCUUCAUGCCGAGACUGCAUUGCCAGCCCCCUGGGGACAUUGCUCACAGUUGUGACACGGAAAAGUGAUGUUUAUUUUUAUCUUGCAUCCUCUAUUAAUUCCAGCAUCGCAGAGAAUUACAGUCCUACGUCAGUGUCCAUAAGACGUCUUCUCUCCUCUGAAGAUGGCUUUGCAGGCGACUUCCACUCACUGACUGUGCUGCCCCAGUACAGAAACCCUUAUCCAAUCCAUUACAUACACACUUUCCAGAGUGGUAAAUUUGUAUAUUUCCUAACAGUACAACCUGAAACUCUUGGCUCCAGUGUUUACCACACUAGGAUAGUUCGUCUGAGUGCAAAUGAGGAGGAGAUGAGAAGUUAUCGGGAACUGGUCCUAGAUUGUCGCCAUGAGCUGAAGCGCAGACGAAAACGUGCGGAACCUGAUAUCUUCAAUAUAGUACAAGCAGCUCAUGUGGUCCGUGUCGGGGAUAUUUUAGCUGAAGAACUGAGUGUAAAGAUUGAUGAACCUGUUUUGUUUGCUGCCUUUGCGCAGAGUGAGCCUCAAAGCAGAAAACCACUCAGAAAGUCUGGACUGUGCGCCUUUCCUAUCCAGUUAAUUGACACUUCUAUUGAGGAAGGAAUGAAAAAAUGUUGCCAUCUGAAGAAGGACCCUGAAGGCCUUCGGAGAGAUCUUCACUUUUACCAGUCUGAUAUGUAUUGCCCACAAGAUGUGGACAUGUCAGCUCCUGUUCCAGACCUAAGUUGUUGGAAUGUCCCCACAUUAGUGAUACCGCCCUUGGUCCGUUUAGAUUUGUUUCAUGGGCGACUGGAUGGGACCCUUCUGACAUCGGUGUAUGUGACCACUCAGCAAGAUCUUACCAUUGGGCACCUUGGCACAUCUGAUGGCAGAGUGAUGCAGGUAAUCCUACUGCGUAGCAAUAAUCCUAUCACCCUAUCAAAUUUUUCUCUGAGUGACAGUUACCCGGUUUCACAAGAGGUCGCUCGCAUUGGGGACAACUUGCUUUUUGUCACUGGAAAUGAGGUGACACAGGUUAAAGUCACAGGUCCUGGCUGCCGUCAUCUUCUGAGCUGCAGUAGAUGUCUGCGUGCUUCGCAUUACAUGGGCUGCGGCUGGUGUCGAAACGGCUGCUCUCAGCGGUCUGAAUGUCAGGGGGAGUGGAACCAACAGACCUGCACCCCCUCCAUCACAGAGUUUUUCCCUAAAACCGCACCAUUAAGAGGCAAAACCAGUAUCACCCUAUGCGGAAGAGAUUUCCAAUCCCACAGUGUGUACAAUGGCCCAGCCAACAGCAAAAUUACCAAAGAGACACACAGUGUGACUGUUGGAGCUCGAAGAUGUGUUGUGGAUCCUGGAAUGAGCAGUAGCAAAAGUUUGAUUUGUACAUUACAGAUCGAGGGGCCUCCGGAUACUGCGUCUUCUGCAAACAUCACGAUAGCGAUUAAUGAACGCUUAUCUGGAAAGUCUUACUACAUCUUGGGUAGUGCAUCGGCAAGCGGCUUUACCUUUGUGGAUCCAGUGGUAACAUCUGUGUCUCCAUCCUUUGGGCCUCUGGCUGGUGGUUCCAGAGUAACACUGAAGGGACAGAACUUGACGGCUGGGGGGACCCAGAGAGUGUUAAUCAGCGAGUCGGAGUGCUCCUUAUAUAGCGAACCCUCAUGCCCAUCAGAUGCUCUGUGCUGUGUGUCUCCUGAAGCCAGUACUCUUGGACCUGCGGAUAUCACUCUGUGGAUGGACGGUGAUAUGGUUUCAUUCUCUAAACCAUUCCUUUACAAACCCAACCCAUCUGUGGAACGCAUUACCCCCAACUGCAGCUUGGCUCGUGGUAGCUCCCUCACUAUCCAAGGAAAUAACCUGGACUCUGUCUCCACCAUUACGAUUUGGUUCCAAGAUGUCAAACAGGACUGUGAGGGGAUCUUCACUUCGGGGAUUGCGGUUUGUCGAGCCCCUGCUUUCAAGCUUUCAGGGAGUGUGCCAGUAAUCCGUGGGAACCUGAGUCUGGCCCUGGACGGCAUUACAUACACAUCCCCUCACCUUUUCAGAUACCUGCGGGACUACACAGUUUACGCAUUUGAGCAGGAAGGUGUAACCUACAGGCUGAAGAAAGGGGAAGAUGAAAUAGAGGCACAUCACCAAUAUCUUGAUCUGCUUGGUGCCUGCCAUGAUGUUUCCAUGACCAUUGGGGGCAGAGAGUGUUAUCCGAAAGUGCUGAAGAAUGAAGUCACCUGUCGGAUUCCCAAGGAUAUGGUUAUCCCUUCUGAGGGUGCCAUAGUGCAGGUCUGUGUAGAUGGCGUUUGCUCAAACCUGGGCAACGUGAUAAUAGUCAGUUAUCUGGAUCCUGUGCUGGGCAUUGUUCUGGGCAGUGCUGCUGCGAUACUGAUUGGGGCAGCUCUCGUGUUUCUUGUCUUGAAACAGCAGAAAAAGAAGAAAAAAACUGCUGUUGAAAAUUUGGAGUUGUUAGCCAACAAUAACAGAAUCACUAUGAUUUCACCUAUCGGCAAUACCCAUGGAGAUUAUCGGCAGUCCUAUAUUCCCAGCAGCAGCAGCUCUGGAGGUAUGAUGCACCACGGAGGGGGUUAUUCCGGAGGAAGCCUUGGCGCCGGCUCCAUGCCUCUUCUCCUUACCAACUUUUUUGACAGUUUAAGACCAGAGCUCCUGGAUGAAGUGAAGGAUGUCUUGAUUCCAGAGGCCAAUUUGACCACGCAUCGUGAUCGUAUAAUUGGAAAAGGUCAUUUUGGGAGCGUUUACCAUGGAACCUACCGGGAUGAUGAACAACGAGAGGUUCACUGCGCUGUCAAAUCUCUCAACAGGAUCACUGAUGUAGAAGAGGUGGAGGAGUUCCUGCGGGAAGGAAUUAUCAUGAAGAGCUUUCACCACCCAUACGUACUAUCCCUUAUUGGAAUCUUCCUGCCACGAGAGGGUCUUCCCUUGGUGGUCCUUCCAUAUAUGACACACGGGGACCUGAGACACUUCAUCCGUAGUGAAGAGAGGAAUCCCACAGUGAAGGACCUCGUUGGGUUUGGGCUGCAGGUUUCCCGGGGCAUGGAAUACUUGGCAAAUAAGAAAUUUGUGCACAGAGAUCUAGCAGCUCGUAACUGCAUGCUCGACGAAACUUUUCAUGUGAAGGUGGCAGAUUUUGGCCUGGCACGGGAUGUUUUUGAUAAGGAGUAUUACAGCGUCCGGCGUCACAGGAACGCCAGACUGCCUGUUAAAUGGAUGGCACUGGAGAGCCUUCAGACUCAGAAAUUUACCACCAAGAGUGAUGUGUGGUCAUUUGGUGUACUACUCUGGGAACUGAUGACCCGUGGAGCGCCACCCUAUCCUGAUGUGGAUCCGUAUGACAUCACGCGGUACCUGUUCAGGGGAAGACGCCUUCCACAGCCUGAAUAUUGCCCCGAUCCACUGUACACUCUCAUGCUGCAGUGCUGGAGUCCGGAGCCUGGAGAGCGGCCAUCCUUUACUCAACUGAUCAGUGAAAUUGAGGUGAUCUCUAAUUCACUGAGGGGGGAUCAUUACAUUAAUCUGAAUGUAACAUACAUCAAUCUGGAUCGAGACCAGUUCUUUCCACCUAUAGUGCCUUGCCCCGAGGAGGAAUUAGAGGAUGAGCUUACAGAAACUGAUGAAGAGGACAUGGAGAUAAAGUGAUGAACAAUCCCUAGAAUUACUAGAUUAAACAGUGGCCUCAGAUAUUGGAAAUCUUGCAACCAAUUUGGACAAAUCUGAUUGAUUAAUUGGUUUGUUUAUCCCCAAGAUGUUGUCAUUGAUGCAUUGGGUGCAGUUGCUCGAGCUGCGUGUCUUUUGAAUGUUCCAUAUGAACCAGAUAUGGAUAAUGCAAGUGCCAACCCAACUGUGCUCUUAGUUGCUCAACAUUCCCUGGCAUAUCUGUCUUGUGUACUGUCU